UGUGCGUGCGCGUGUGUCUCCCAGCGGCGGCCAUGUUGGAAUGUUGGAUGUGGACAAGGCGAAGACAGCGACUCCGGGGCGAGCGAAAGGGGGGAAGAGGACUGAGGAGGCGAGAUUGGAGCGACGAAACACCGCCAGUGAUUAUCACUCUUCCCAGAUAGCGGACCUUCUAGCAAGUUCUGCCAGUUUUGAAGCCGACCAUAAGGUGCCAUAUAGAACGCCCACAGGAACCAGUCGGCGAUAUCUCCAGGAUUGCCUACUACACAGAAUAUGACAGACACCUAGCAGCGGCAGUCACAGCAGGGAAAACCAUGGCCACACCCUACAUGGACCCCAACCUUAACCACCCCCUCCUGGACGCCGCCAAGUCGCAGCUCAGCGCAGGAGGCUCAGACCGAACCGUGCCCGGCUCCGUAGACAGGGUCCUGAAAGUUUUCCAUUACUUCGAGACCAACACGGAGCUCAGCAGCUGGUCCUCCAACAUCCGAUACGGGGACGCCACUGACAUCCGGGGAAUCAUUCAGAAGAUCUUGGACAUCCACAAAGUGCGCUGGACGUCCUGCUUCGGCCUGCGUCUCAGCAGCAGCGGCCAAUCCAGGGACCAAGUGAACUGGCUUCAUCCGGACCUGGGCGUGUCUCACGUCCGUGAAAAAUACGAACAGACGCGUUCUGGAGAGGAGUGGAGGUACGAACUGAGGAUCCGAUAUCUGCCGAAAAGCUUUGUGCAGCAGUUUACAGAAGACAAACCUACACUCAAUUACUUCUACCACCAGGUGAAAAAUGAUUACAUGACACAGAUUGGGGAUCAGUUGGAACAAGAUGUUGCCCUCAAACUGGGCUGUCUAGAGAUCAGGAGGUUCUUCAAAGAGAUGCGAGGCAACGCCUUGGACAAGAAGUCCAACUACGAACUACUGGAGAAAGAUGUUGGUUUAAGGCGUUUUUUCCCCAAAGACCUUAUGGAUUCAGUCAAGGCUAAAACUCUUCGUAAGCUCAUCCAGCAGACCUUUAAGCAAGUGGCCAACCUCAACGACGAGCAGUGCAUCCUAAAGUUCCUGGAGAUCCUUGCUCCCAUCCACCGCUAUGACAAGGAGUGCUUCAAAUGUGCACUCGGAUCCAGCUGGGUGAUCCAGGUGGAGCUGGCAAUCGGACCAGAAGAGGGGAUCAGCUACUUGACAGACAAGGGAUCAGCACCCACCCAUCUGGCCAACUUCACCCAAGUUCAGUCCAUCCAGUACUCAGCCAUGGAGGAGAAGGACAGGAAGGGAAUACUUCAAGUCAAUGUCGCAGGAGCUGCCGAGCCUCUCACCGUCACGACAGCCUCCUUGACCAUGGCCGAGAACCUGGCCGACUUGAUUGACGGCUACUGUCGGCUGGUCUCCAUGGAAACCCACUCUUUCAUCGUGAGAGUGCAAAAAGAGGGCGAGCGAGCGUUACCUUCCAUUCCAAAAGUGUCCAAUAAUGAGAAGAAGUUGGAGGCAGUCAAGAGCGGAGUGAGAACUAUUUCCAUCUCAGAAGAUUUUAGUGGGGAUGAGACUGAUGACUACGCCGAGAUAGUUGACGAAGAGGACACGUACACCAUGCCCUCCAUGACCUAUGGAAUAGUGGAAGCGCGGGACUACGAGAUCCAGAGAGAGAGGAUCGAGUUGGGUCGCUGCAUCGGGGAGGGUCAGUUUGGAGAUGUCCACCAAGGAGUCUACAACAUUCCGGACAAGCCGUCCCUCGCUGUCGCCAUCAAGACAUGUAAGAACUGCACAUCCGACAGCGUCAGAGAAAAGUUCCUGCAAGAAGCAUUGACCAUGCGGCAGUUUGACCACCCUCACAUCGUCAAGCUGAUCGGCGUGAUAACAGAGAACCCGGUGUGGAUCAUCAUGGAGCUGUGCACGCUCGGAGAGCUGCGCUCUUUCCUUCAGGUGAGGAAGUACAGUCUGGACUUGGCCACUCUCAUCCUGUUUGCUUAUCAGCUUAGCACCGCACUGGCGUAUCUGGAAAGCAAACGCUUUGUUCACAGGGACAUAGCAGCACGGAAUGUGUUGGUGUCUUCAAUAGACUGCGUGAUGCUGGGGGACUUUGGUCUGUCACGCUACAUGGAGGACAGCUCUUACUACAAAGCCUCUAAAGGUAAACUUCCUAUCAAGUGGAUGGCUCCCGAGUCCAUCAACUUCAGAAGAUUCACCUCCGCCAGCGACGUCUGGAUGUUCGGCGUGUGCAUGUGGGAGAUCCUGAUGUACGGCAUCAAGCCCUUUCAAGGAGUGAAGAACAACGACGUGAUUGGCAGGAUUGAGAAUGGCGAGCGGUUGGCCAUGCCGCCUCAGUGCCCGCCCACCCUUUACAGCCUUAUGACCAAAUGUUGGUCGUACGACCCCAGCAAGCGGCCGCGGUUCACGGAACUUAAAACGCAGCUGAGCGCCAUACUGGAGGAGGAGAAGCUUCAGCAGGAGGAAAGGCUUAGGAUGGAGAUGAGAAGACAAGUCACAGUGUCUUGGGACUCUGGAGGUUCAGAUGAGGCUCCGCCCAAACCUAGUCGGCCAGGUUACCCCAGCCCUCGCUCCAGUGAGGGAUUCUUUUCCAGCCCGCAACACAACCAUUUCCCGCCAACGGCCCACGGAGGAGUGGGAGGUGGCUUCCCUGCCGGUGAUUCCUGGAACCAGCACAGACCCGAACAUACAGCCCUGUGGACCCCCAACAUGGAGGACACUGGAUGUGGAGGUCAAGUCCUCAUGGAGGAGAGGCUGAUGAUGCAGCAACAGCAGAUGGAGGAUGACCAGCGAUGGUUGGAGCAGGAGGAGAGCUUCAUGAAGACCGAGUCCAGAAACAGCCGAGGAAGCAUCGACAGAGAGGACGGCACCCUUCAAGCGCCGGGUGGAAGUCAGCACAUCUACCAGCCUGUGGGCAAACCAGAACACUUGGCCCCGCCUAAGAAGCCGCCCCGCCCCGGAGCGCCCGGUCACCUUGGCAACCUGGCCGGUCUCUGCCCCGUUGACAGCUACAACGAGGGUGUGAAGUUACAGCCCCAGGAGAUCAGCCCGCCCCCCACAGCCAACUUGGACCGCUCCAACGACAAAGUCUACGAGAACGUGACGGCCCUGGUCAAGUCGGUAAUCGAGAUGUCAAAUAGGAUCCAACCGGCAGCCCCCGAGGAGUAUGUCCCCAUGGUCAAGGAAGUGGGUCUGGCACUAAGGACUCUGCUGGCCACAGUGGAUGAAACCAUUCCUGUCCUGCCUGCGAGCACCCAUAGAGAGAUCGAGAUGGCGCAGAAGCUUUUGAAUUCCGACUUGGCGGAGCUGAUCGCCAAGAUGAAACUCGCACAGCAGUACGUCAUGACGAGCCUGCAGAAGGACUACAAGAAGCAGAUGCUGAUGGCGGCACACGCCCUCGCCGUUGAUGCCAAGAACCUGCUAGACGUCAUCGACCAGUCGCGACUCAAGACCAUCACGAGGCCGCAUUAGCCUGCGGGACGGAAGCGGGGAAAGUGUCAGCAUUGCUGAAGCGAUGGACAACAAUCAGACGCCAUCGCAAACACUUACUUGUAAAAAAAAACCUUGUUCAUCACAUCUUUUUUUAUUCUUUUGACUUAUUUAACACGUGAUGACGCGUUUGAAGGACUUAUCACGUGAUGAACUGGAACUGACACAGAGGAGCAGGAUCAUGAAGAUUUAAAAACAUAUAUAAAUAUAUAUAUAAAUAUUUGCAGCCUUGACUCUUUAUAGGAUGUUUUUUUAAUCGUUUCGUUUUUCAGGCUUUUAAUGAUGGAAAUUUUAAAAGCGUUUUGUAUUGAAAAAAGACUUAAGACAUCAUGCCAUAGGCCACUUUUGAAGUUAACAUGAUAAAUAUACAUAACUAUAUUUUUUCAACACCUUUGAGGAAUGAAGGAUGUUAAAAGCCAUAAAUACUCUUUCCACAAUGUUCUAAAUAACUAUUUCUUGUUUUUAUUUAUAAUUAUAUCACUGUUUUUUUUUUUACAUAGUGUCCACUUUUCAAAGCACAUUGGCGAUUUGUAAACAAUUUUAAAGUAGAAUCCAAUACUGUUAAUAGUACAUGAUUUAUUUAUUGGCUGAAUGGAUGUUUUGAAUUAGACAAAUUCACUUUACUUCACAAACGUGUUGUUCUUCCUGGAGCUCUUCAUUCCAAUGUUCACUAUUACCUCUGCCUGGAGUUGAACUCUCUCAGGAAAGAGUCACAUGUACAGUCACAAAUAAAAACACACUGUUUUCAUUAAAACAUUA